AUGUGCACAGGAACAGGCUGGGUAUUCCGGUGCCGGCGGUGCAACAAUGUGCUGCUCAAGGACCUGUCCGUGUCGGGGCACACGUGCAAAGUGGCGAGGCGGAUCGGCAGGCGCGGGUGCUGCCGCACGGGCGUCGAGUUUCGCUACUACGACAAGGACGCCAACGAGCUGUGCAUCAUGUGCGAGGUCGAGGAGGUCAUCGCGGAGCUGAACGCCGAGACGUGCGACGAGGCGUACAGCGAGACGCGCGUUGGGUAUAACAGGGAUGGCGACGGGGACGACAGCGACGAUGAGGAGGAAGGAGGGGUCUUGUUGAGGGGUGAGGGUGCUGAGGAAAGAGACGGGGGAAAGGGUGGUGCUGGUUCGAAGGAGGUUGGUUUUGGUUCGGUUUAA